AUCGACAAUGACGAGUUUUACUGUCAUCUACUCGUUCUGCAAAGUUACAGCACGUUUUUCGACGAGAUGAAUGAUUGCAAGGAUAUUGAUUUAUCAGAUAGCAUCGUGACUUCUAAGGCCUUCUCUAUAAUUUACGACUGGAUGAUCAGUUCAAUGAACGAAAGUUACCAGUUAUUACGAAGAGAUAACAUCUUAGAAAUUUUUAUGGCCUCACAGUAUCUCGGUAUCAAAGAACUAGAAGAACAAUGCUGGGCAUUCAUUGACAACGACGAACUUUUUUCCGAGGAUACUGCCUUCCUGUUGUAUCUGGAAGCGAAGAAGAUCGGAAACACCACUGUGAUGGAGCUAAUGGUUCCGAAAAUUAUGAAAUUUUUCUUAAUGCUCGUCAGCACUAAGAACUUUUUAGAAUUGUCGGUGGGCGAACUGUGCUUACUGUUGAAGUCGAAUUACAUUUGCAUCAACAGAUAUUGUUUGUCCGUCUCAACUUCACAACAAUAUAUAACUGCGCGAGGGUGUAGCAACGCCAAUGGAAGAUCAUUAAACAUAGAUCCAUUAUUGGAAAAGCUCGAUAUUUCCAAAAUUGAGUGGUUGCAUCCACUAAAAAGUAUAAAACAGAAGUGGAUUGUCAUUUUAAAAUUGUUGCAUUGGUUUUUUGCACAAUACGUUAUAAAAAUUCUGCACAAAUAUAUAGUAUUGAUACCAUCGAGAAAUAAAUGGUUGUAUAUUAUGAAAGAAGAAUGGUAUCAAAUACAACAUAAAUUUAUAAAUGAAAAAAUAAAUAAUGGUUAUGUUUUGUUACAACAACCAGUGAAAAUAAAAAAAUAUAAUAAAUUAGGUGUAAAUAGACUUACUACAAGUUCUUCAGGACUGAGAAUUAUAACAAAAUACAUAUAUAAAUUUUUUUUGUCAUCAGUUAAA